AUGGUAAUUCCGCUGUCAAUAUCACAGGUGUCAUUUCGUGUUGCAGCACUUUUAACCCCUUUUCGAAUGAGUAAAACAUUUGAAUUCUCACAUGGGACAAUAUUCGAUGCACAGGACUAUUUAAUCAGAAACGAUCUAGGACUAAGAUAUAUUUUCGAUGAAAAUGGGGAGGAGAAGAACUACAUCAGCCCAAACUGCUUCCUGACGGAACUCUACGACAAAAAUUACGGUACGACGAAGGCAGAGAAGAUUGAUUUCAGCCUGUACGCAUGCCACUCACAGGAGGACAUUCCAACGAGCUCGAACGAAGUCUACUCGAUCCGCUCGCUGCGAUGCAAUGUGCCUGGCUGCACGAAGGCGUUCUCGUCGACUCAGGGCCUCAAGUACCACAAACAGCAUUGCCAUACGGUUCAUAGGACAUUUGCGAAGAAGCCGUUUGUGUGCCACGUUUCUGGAUGCACGAAGAGCUACAAGAGCAACAACGGCCUCAAGUACCACAUGCAGCACGCCCAUGCUGGGAUUGACCAGGAAAGCAGCGGCUGA